AUGGCAUUGAAGAUCCAUAUUUUAUCAAAUGAGUAUGUGAAGCCAUCCUCUCCCACCAAAGAUGAUUUAAAAAAUUAUGAGCUUUCUUUAUUGGAUCAAUUGAGUCCCAAUUUCUUCCUCCCCAUUAUUUUCUAUUAUAACCGCGAAGAUUUGGCCGGAGGUGAUCGUGACGAUAUCCUCUCUUCCCGCCUAAAAGAAUCGCUAUCCAAUGCCCUUACCAUGUUCUAUCCCAUGGCCGGACGUCUAAAGAAAGGCGAUAGCACGGUUAACUGCAACGACGCUGGCGUCCGAUAUUUGGAGGCGAAAGUUGAUUCCAAUAUCAUAGACCUAAUCGAGGACUUCCGCGAUGCAAAACUACUCGAUGGGCUCAUUCCCUUUACGAGUAACGACGGCUCCCAAGGGGAGGAGCUAUUGGGAAUCCAAAUAAACUACUUCAACUGCGGAGGCGUGGCAAUAGGGGCCAACAUCUCACAUAAGAUUGUCGAUGCUUUCUCGUACAUCACAUUCAUGUCGUCGUGGGCAAAGUUAUCUUGCGAAGGGAACACAACGGUGAGACCUAGCUUUGUCGCAUCGUCAAUCUUCCCGCCCAAGGAGAAUCUAGGUGACAUUCAUGAAGCCUCGAGUGAAAUCAUCGUGACGAGGAGGUUUGUUUUCGACGCACGUUUGAUAGCGCAUGUGAGGGAACAAGCAAGAACUAAAGACGUGAGGGAGCCGAGUCGAGUGGAAGCCGUCUCGAGUUUCAUAUGGAAACAUUCCGCGGGGGACAAGCCUGUCAAACAAUAUAUAGCGUCGCAUGCGGUGAACCUAAGGGCUCGAAUGGUGCCUCCAAUGCCCGAGUAUGCGAUGGGGAACCUAAUUGGAAUAACAUUUGCGGAUUUGGACUAUGAAGAGUCCGAUAAAUUGGCAAUCAUGGCUAGGAAGAUAAGGGAAGCGAUUCGGGGAGUGGAUGGAGAGUUCAUAAGAGAGAUUCGGGAAGGAGAGUGGUUCGCGGAGAUGGCGAAAAACAUGGGAAAGAUGGGGGAACAAUUAGCGAAAAAAGAAGCGCAACUAUUCAAUUUUAGUAGUUGGUGUAGAUUUCCGUUUUACGACGUUGAUUUUGGUAUAGGAAAGCCUGUUUGGGUUAGCCUAGCGAGCAUCGACAAGGGGAACUCGGCUGUCUUAGUUGAUUCGAAGUGUGGACAAGGAGUGGAGGCGUGGUGGAGUGAAUUCAUGGGGCCAUUGAAGAACAUUCAUAUUUUAUCAAAUGAGUUUAUCACCUCACUCCCCAUUUCUUCGUCUCCCUGGUUUCCUGUUUAUGAGGUUGAUUUUGGUAUGGGGAAGCCUGAUUAGGUUAGCCUAGCUAGCCUAAAUAAGAAGAAUUGUGCCAUUUUAAUGGAUUCCAAAUGUGGGAAAGGAAUAGAGGCGUGGAUUACUAUGAAUGAAGAAGAAUUGACACGAUUUCAAAUGAAUUUCAUAGAGUUUGCUAAUGCAC